AUGCAUCAAAAGUCCCUUACCAGUCUUGAACCAGGGAUUUCUCAGGUAUCGGCGCUGGGUCGACCUUUCACCUUAGGGAUGCUUUAUGAUGCUCGGCAGGAUGAAUUAAUGCCAGGUUUCACAUUGUGGGAUAACGCAACUCUACAAGAGAACAUAACUGAAACCUCUCAGCGCAGCAGUGAGUUUCAGAUUACGACGUCUGACUCCAUUGAUUCCAAGUCUUCUCUGCUGGAUGUUGAAGCUUCUCUGAGGGCCAGUUACAUGAGUGGACUGAUUGAAGUUGGAGGAUCUGCCAAGUACCUGAAUGAUCAGAAGAAAUCCAAUAAUCAGAGCAGAGUGACGUUUCAGUACAAAGCUACCACCAACUUCAAGCAGUUGUCCAUGAGUCAAGUUGCAAACCUGAAAACAGAACAAACAGAGGCUGUUGAGAACGGCCUUGCAACACAUGUUGUCAUUGGCAUCCUUUAUGGAGCAAAUGCUUUCUUUGUAUUUGACAGUAAGAGGUUAGACGCUAGAAGCACUAAGAGCAUAGAGAGCAACAUGGAGGCUUUGCUGAGGAAGAUUCCAUCAUUCAAUGUUCGGGGAAAAGUUGACAUCAAGCUGACUGAUGAAGAAAAAGACCUGACAAACAAAUUCUCCUGCAAAUUCUACGGGGACCUCAUACUUGAAAGCAACCCAGCAACGUUUGAAGAGGCAGUGAAAACCUAUGUGGAGCUUCCAAAGCUACUGGGAGAAAAGGGAGAGAACGCUGCUCCACUGAAGGUCUGGCUGACACCAUUGAAGAACUUAGACCCAAUGGCUGCUGAGGUGAUAAGUGAGAUCAGCGUUGGAUUAGUGAAUAAAGCUGAAGAUACUCUAGAAGAUCUUAGGCAGAUAGAAAUGCGAUGCAACGAUUCUCUGGAAGACAGCGUGUCAGAGAAUUUUCCACAGAUUCGCAAAACGCUGAGCAGUUUCCAAAAACUGUGCAAAUCUUACACUUCUGGGCUCCAAGAUAUCAUGAAGAAGACACUUCCCUCCAUCCGUGGAGGCAUACAGGAUGAGAGCUCAUUAGAAAACCUCUUUGCAGACAGAGACAAGUCACCAUUCAGUCAUGAAAAACUGAGCAAGUGGAUGGAUCACAAAGAGAGAGCGAUCAACAUCAUUAGGUCCUGUUUAGACAUGAUGGGAACAAACCCAAAAAUUGUCCGAAAUCACUCUGAGUUGGAUAGAGAGGUUCUUGCUCCAGGUGUGGAAGAUGCUCUGUGCUUUGUCUUCACCUCUCUGGAAAGUGCUGACCCGUGCCUUGCUGCAAUGACCAACUACUUGGAAUUGCUUAAAUCAGAAAGUGCCAGUGAAGACCACUGGUACUUCUCAGAUGAAGUGUUGACCGAAAUGAGAAGGAAAAUCAAAACUGUCAAUGAUGUGGCCAAAACCGUGAAAAACAACAAGAGAUUCUCUUUCCUUGUAGCAGCCAUACCAAAUAAGAAAUACGCAGGAGCAACCAUCUACCAUUACAAGGACGGCAUUCUGGUGGCUGAUAAUUACAUAAAGCCUGAAGCGAAAGCUCUAAGAGGCAGCAGAGAGUUACUGUAG